GAAGCGCCGAGUCGCUGAAGGCGGGACAGGCGUGUACCUGAGGCGCGGGGCCGGCCGGAAGCUGGCAUUGGCGUUGCUGCAGGGCGCGUGCAGGAUGGCAAAACAGAAAAGAAAAGGUCCCGAAGUGACAGCGAAAAAGAGCAAAAAAGUAAAGAAGGCAUCUGCAGAAGAGAGACCUCAGGCACUUGAAACCACAGCAGACAACGAAGAAGCCAGCCCCAAGAGCCAAUCCUGCCUGCUGUUCCCAUCACCCCACAUUUCUAGCCUGCAGUUCAGAAGGGGGAGGAAUGGAGUUCCUCCUAUAGAGGGAGAGGCAGCAAGUAGGGUACAGGCCCCAGGCCCCGAGCUGUCACCAGAGGAAAGGAGGGUCCUGGAAAGGAAGCUGAAGAAAGAACGGAAAAAGGAAGAGAAGAAGCGACUGAGGGAGGCGGGCAGUGCCACAGCCCAGACCCCACCAGCCAGGCGCUCAGGUGCAGAGCUGGCCCUGGACUACCUCCGCGGGUGGGCCCAAAAGCAUAAGAAUUGGAAAUUCCAGAAGACGAGGCAGACGUGGCUCCUGCUGCACAUGUACGACAGCGACAAGGUUCCCGACGAGCACUUCUCCACCCUCCUGGCCUACCUGGAGGGGCUGAAGGGCAGGGCCCGGGAGCUGACGGUCCAGAAGGCGGAAGCCCUGAUUCAGGAGCUGGACGAAGCGGGCUCGGAGGCCGCCCUGCUGGAGAAGGCCCAGCGCCUCCGACAGGUGCUGCAGCUGCUGUCCUAGUGCAGGGAUGGAGUGGCACUCGGCUGCCCUGGGCUCUUCAAGACACACUGAGGGUCUUCAUUGGUCCAAAAGGAGAAAAGAGGGUCAUGAGUAGGUCAAGCCACUUAGAGCUGGGCUUCUGGGCACCAGACCCUUGGAAGGACCCCUGGACCCUCCUUCUGAACUCCUGACCUGCCUUGACCAGGGACUGGUUUCAUGGGUGACCAGGUCUAUGUACCUUCAGAACAGCAUGAUCUCCGUGAAAAAACCCUGGGACACCAGCUCCAGCCCCAAGUGGCCCCAAAACCCAGAUAUCUAUUUUUCUACCAGGGGUAUUUAAGAACUGGCCCUCCCCACCAGCUGUGCUUCCUCGGUGUUUGGGGUGUUGGUCCCCAAGUCAAUCCCUGCACCUUCCAUCUGACAGCCCUUCCAGCGUGGGCCUCACCUCCUUGUGUGGCCUCCAGCCUGGCUUCAGGGAAACCCUUGGGGGCAGCUGUCUGGAGCCUGUGCCUGUGCUGCCCCAUUUUCAAUAAAAAUCAGCCUGUCCUCAC